AUGACGGAAGAAAAAAAACAGGAACAAAUCAUAAAUCAAGAUGGAGAAGUAGUGGACUUUACUGAUGUUAAAGCCGGUAUAGCUGCUUUGGAUAAGAAACAAAUGAUAAUCGAUUCUCAAAAGGCGGAAAUCAGAGAUUUGCGUAAGCAAGUUUACCAAAAAGAUGAAAAAAUAACGGACUUAAGUCAGAAUUUAGAACAAGCUUUAGAAGGCAAAAAUCGUUAUCAAAGGGAAUUUAUGAGGGCUAACAAAAUCAAUGUGGAGGCUCAAAAUAAAGAAAGAAGUCCUUCUGAUGGUUUUGUAGACGAUUUGGUUGGUAGAAUUAAAAGAAUGAAAACUG